CUGUGCUCUCUCUCGCUCUGAAACUUCGAAACCGACAUUUCAGAACAGCUUUCCCGAAAACAAUCCGUAAAAGAGUCGGGUACGGAAUAUGAGCGCAUCACAUGAAAUGGUUCACUAGGCAUGGAAAGUUUAGUUUUCGGGGCGAAGAGUAAGAAGUGCCAGAUGACAGAGGGUGCAGAGAUUGGGUCACUUCCUGAUGCCGAACAGGGACCCUACUUGAGAUGGCUCAACAUGGCGUAUGAGACGGAUAAGACCUGCCUGUUGAUUCCUCGGGAAUCACGAGCAUCCUGCAUGUUCCACACAGCGGAUGAGAAAGAUGAAAUUCCAGGCAUAGGCGAGGACAGUGUUUUAGAGAUGCUGAGUUAUUCGAAGUUCAUGGAUCUGGAGUCUUGGCUGUGUAUGCCAUCAACAAUGUUGCAUAGGAGCUUGGACUCUACCAGCUCUCCCUCACCACUGUCUACUGAUAGCGACUCUGGAGAUGCUGAUACCAAGGCCCCGGAGAGGAAGUCUAUCUAUCUGAACCACUCCCCAGAAAGGGAAAACUGUCAUGUGCCAACUUCCGCCACUGUACCCCUCUCCGUAACCCCUCGGUCCCCUGUGGCCUCCUCCACUCCAGCUUUGAACCCAGGAUCACGCUCCUGUCAAGAUAGCAUGAGUGUAAGGAAGCGCCGGCGUCUUGGUGCCAGCCCUGGAGGGCUGCACUGGAAUUCUUCAGGCUCAGUGCUGCGUGAAUAUGAGCGAGGAGAGGCGGCUGGAGCGUCGCAGGUGAAACGCGUCCCUAAACCUCUGGAGCCUGCGAAAGCUGGUGCAGCACUGUGGGGGGACAGAGCGGCUCUCAGGAAAUGCGUGUCGGUGGAUGACAGCCUGCUGCAGCAGACGCCCACAGAGCCUGGCACACUGCUGAGCUGCCUAGAAAGAGGGAAGAAGAAAGUCAGGAACAUCCACGUGAGUUGGAGUGACUUAAGCCAGAGCCUUGGGGAGACUGGAAGAUACGAGAGCCGUAAAAAAUCCGAGAGCAAGAUUUCCCGUCUGGCUCAGAGACUUAACCAAAGGCAGAGAGAUGUCACGCUGAGCAAGGACUUCCGGCCGCUUCUCUUUUUCAGUGUUUCUCCAGGGAGCUCACAGAGCCUAGACAGGAGCUUUUGUGUUAGCAUGACCCAGCAGAUGCAGAACCUCCAGCUGAGCCACAGUAAGAAGGGGGCUGCUCCUGCUUCUCCCAGCGCAGCAAAGCGCCUUUACCGCAACCUCUCUGAAAAGUUAAAGGGCAGCCACUCGUCCUUUGAAGAUGCUUACUUCUUUGGCCGCUCAGAUCGCAUCCGCAAAGCCUCAAAUAUUCAAAGCAGUGAGGCUCUAUUUGAGGCUGUGGAACAGCAAGACCUGGAUGCUGUACAGAUCCUUUUGUUCCAGUACACAGCAGAUGAACUGGACCUCAAUACUCCCAACAGCGAAGGCCUGACCCCACUCGACAUCUCCGUUAUGACCAACAAUGUGCCAAUAGCCAAGAUGCUUCUCAAGGCGGGGGCCAAGGAGAGUCCACAUUUUGUGAGUCAGGAAAGCCGUGAGGCUCAUCUAUCAGCGCUGGUGCAAGAAGCUCAGAGGCGAGCAAGCGAGCUUUCCACACAAGUGAUGAGAGAGAGCCUCAGUCUGGAGACAUCAGACAAGGAGAAGCAGCUCAAGGCCUGGGAGUGGAGAUGCAAGCUCUACAAACGCAUGCGCACUGGAUUUGAGCAUGCACAGGCUCCAGAGGCACCAACAGCUGUGCGUUUGAUGGUGAGCAGCAGCACGUCUCUCACUGUCACAUUUCAGGAGCCAGCCAGCAACAAUUCAGCUGUGGUCACCAGAUAUAAAGUGGAGUGGAGCUGUCUGAAGGACUUCUCUUUAUUAGCUGGAGAACUGAUCCUUGAAAAUCUGCAGUGUCUUAAAUGCACAAUAACAGGCCUUACAACGGGGAGGCAAUACUAUGUUCGGGUUUCUGCUUAUAACAUGAAGGGCUGGGGGCCAUCACAACUCUCUCAACCCCCCUGUGCUGUUCCGUCAAACUGGAAGGAGAGCGAUGGUAGAGAGUCCCGGCGGAGAGGGCACAUUGAGGCCAUGGAGAGACUGCUCCAGCAAGUCCGUGCCACACACCAACACUACAGCUGUGGAGACACAUCGAAGCUGCAGAACCCCAGUCGCAAGCAAUCUGUCUCUAGGAGCCUGAAACAUCUCUUUCAUUCCUCCACUAAAUUUGUCAAAACUCUCAAAAGGGGGAUCUACAUAGCCGCAGUGUUUUAUCAUAAGGACAGUCUGCUGGUGACUAAUGAGGAUCAGAUACCCAUCGUGGAGGUGGAGGACUCCUACAGCAAUUCCCUCAUGCAGGAUUUUAUGUGGUUUACCAAGCUUUCGUGUAUGUGGGAGGAUGUCCGAUGGCUCAGGCAGAGCAUGGCGAUUUCCACCUCGUCCUCGUCCACACUGCAGUCCAGGCAGAAGAUGCUGGCUGCUGCUGGCCAUCUACAGAACCUUCUUGGCACACACAACCUGGGCCGCGUUCACUACGAGCCUAUUAAAGACCGCCAUGGCAAUGUGCUGCUACUGACAGUAAGGGAGAUGGACAGCUCCUACUCCUUUUUCAAUGGGAAGUGGAUGCAGGUGUCCAAACUGCAGAGCCAGAGAAAAUCUCUGUCCACCCCUGAAGAGCCGUACGCUCUAGAUAUCCUGCUCAUCACCAUACAGGAUAUCCUGGCAUAUCAGCGGAGAAGUCAGCACCGUCUUUCUCCAGGCCUGUAUCUGGGCUACUUAAAACUCAGCAGCUCUGUGGAUCAGAUCAAGGUCCUGGUACCACAGCGAACACCCAGCAUGCUUUGCCAUUCCAAGAUACGGGACAACUGGAAUGUCUCCAGAGAUGAGUGGGAAUGGCUGAAUAGUCUGUCUGGGCCUGAGGAGGUGGAAAGAGCGGAUCAGGCAUCAGACUGCAGCAGCGCUCCCUUGCUCUUCUCUGAGCUCCAGACAGCCAUAAAAAAUCUUCUGCGCCAGAUCAAUCUACCUCUCCAUCAGGCUAAGCACUUCCGUCUCUACACACAGGAGGUGCUCGAGUUGGGUCACAAUGUGUCCUUUCUUUUGCUGCUGCCUGCCUCAGACGCCGUGUGCACUGCCCCGGGCCAGACCAAUCCCUACACACCCCACUCGGGCUUCCUCAACCUCCCUCUUCAAAUGUUUGAGCUCGUUCACUUCUGUGCAUACAAGGAGAAGUUUAUCAGCCUGUAUUGCCGACUGUCCUCUGUGCUCGACCUGGACGCCUUGAUAACCCAGCAGGCUUUGAGAGAGGCCAUUACAGAUGCUGAACUCUUGAUUGCCAAACAAAGACACCAACAUAUACUUGACUAUAUCCAGCAAAUGGAUGAGAUGUGGCGAGAUAUCCGCUGGAUUACUGAUGCUCUGCAGUAUGCCCGCUAUAAACAGCCUUUGGGUGGUGUGCCCAUUACAUGGCUGGUGGAUGCGAGCUUAGAACCUGUAACACAGAAGUAUGAUUCCAUCUCCUCCAAUGCAGACUAUCUACCUACUCCCUCUCCCUCACCUGAGUUAAGAAGAAAGGCUACAGAUGAUUCUCAGGCAGUUUCUGAUGAAGAAGGCUGCUCUGAGGUCUUCCUCCCAACAGACAGCGACUACGACUCCAGCGACGCUCUGAGCCCACGAGAUCUAGACCUGGUUUAUUCUUCAGCCCAGGAUCUAUCCCAUCAGGCUGUGCACACACUAAGCGGCAGUGCCCCUGACGUCCUUCAGAUCCACGACCUCAAACCCAGUGCCUGCCCUAAGCCGAUUCUGGCUCCUGAAUCCUUCACUAAAGACCUGGAGGAACUGUCCCUGUCCUCCUACUCCAGCAGAUCAUCAGAAAAGACAUUUCGCUACAAGCGCAAACUACUGUCUAAGAGCCAGCCCCAGAGGAGCUGCUUCAGCGGAACACAUCGCUGGCUAAGGGGCCAGAGUGAAACCCAGACAUCUUCUCUUUCAGAAGGGGUUUACACCCGGCAGAGCGAACUGGAUCUGCCCCUAGAGCUCCCUGUUUCCUUCCCACACUCCUCCUACAGCAUGGAUGACUGGAAGGACAAUAACAAGCAGAGCAAAUCCACUGUGCACAAGAUCUUUGUGGAGUCGUGCAAUGAGACAUCCCCAAGCAGACAUGAUACUCGAUGGCGAGAUCAGAAGGAUGAGCCACAUGGAGGAGCUGCACCAGGAAAGCUGACAGCUCAGGAAGUGGAUUCAGAUGACCAAACCAAUGAGCUGGUUUCUGAAAUACUCAGCAGCACUCUCUAGAAUGAAGCAUCUGUAUUAUUGUACUGUAUGUCAUGUUGAUGUGUUUUGUCAUAUAUCGUCACCAGACAGCCUCUAAGUGAAUACAGUUAUAGCAUGCAGACUCUCUCUGUGUUGUAUUAUGUGGAAAAUUCAUUAGGAGAAUGUGCAGGAAGAAAAAAAUACGUUGCUGGUCAACUCUGUAGGACUCAUAAACCGCGGCUAUGACUGUUAAUAUACUUACUAUUAAUGCAACAUGAAAUAAAGUGCUGCUUUAACCUUUGAACUUGAAACUGCCUCUGCAUAGACUAAGAUGACAGGUGGAAGGUGAAAAGUAGUACUUUAACUCCCAAGCUUUAGAGAGGGCUUCAGAUUGAGUUCCUAUAUCAGAGGUAAACCUCUGCAUUAAUCAGGUGUAAGUCUGCAUCCCACUGGCACGCCCUUAAUCUCAUCUUAAAUCAAGUGAUGAAAUGUACUUAAUACAGAAUUUAGUCAUGUUUUAAUGGUGCUGAAUAAAAAAAAGUUCACUAAUGUCUGGCUUCCAGACACAUAUAAGCCAUUGAAAAUGAUUAUGGACUCAGCAUCUUAAACUAUCUUAAAGUUACCUUCAUAAAGGGUCACCUUUAAAGGGUGAGUAGGUAAAAUCCGUUCGUAACAUGCAGUGUGGAUUUUUGGAAGGUUUUAUCUUUUCCACUUCAUUUCAUAAUGGUAAUGAAUUAACAGGCAGAGAACUUUGCUCAACUUGCAUUCUGUUUUUACCUCCGAAUGAUUUUUGAUGUACAUUUGUUAUCAUUUGAAGUGUCAACAAUGUGACAUGUCUGUCAAAGUUUUUUCGCGUGAUUGCUCGCUACCUUGUUGACAUAAAAAAAUUAAAACCACUCAUGUUUGAUGAACAGGCACAUUAAAAAAAGUGCACUUUAGAGACCUGUUUACAUCAUUUGUUCAGCAAAUGCAGGCAAAUUGAUAUUUUGUUUUGCUGUUGGCCCUGGAAUAAUAAAAAAAAAAAGUAUCACCUAUGUUAUUGUUGAUCUUGUUGUUGUUUGCAUUUUUGGUACAGGACAUUUGUACCACUUUAUAGGAAGGGUAUGCACCACUUUUUAAAUGGCUGUUUGUGACUGUAGUAGAUUUAAAAGAUUACACCGACACGUUGUGUCUUCAAAGCCAUAGAGAUUUUAAGUGUAUUGAGAAUUAUAUUACUAAAGAAAUGCUGUCUGUGGGUUCAAUACUGUGCUGAUAGUGGGCCACUGUUUCACUUGGUAAAUUUAUAAUGGCUCUUUCAUGCAGUGUCACAUUAAUGAUGGUAUGUAAAACAGACUGGAUGUUUAAUAUUGAAGUAUUUGGCGACAAAGUGGUUAUUAGGAUGAAAGCGACAGCAAGGGCAGCUUAUGUGAGCAACAUUGUGAAUUGUGUCUGUUGCACUGUUAUGACUUGUCAAUGUUGCAGUGUAUUACAAAUAUGUAUUUGCACCAUCGUUUCCUCAAAAAAAUGUUUUUACUGCACUUCUGUCCUUUUAAAAAUAUUUAAAUAGUUUCAUCCCCAGAAUUUAUGUACAGUGAUGUCAUUUAAAGGAAUGAUAUAAUGCACUUCUUUAUCUUGUGUGUGUGUGUGUGUGGGCCUGGCCCUGAAUAUGUACAGUAUGUGUUCUGCCUGUUUUCUAAUAAGUAAUACAUUUCAGUAAAAAAUUUAAACAGACAUUCCAGAUAAGGUUAAAUGAUCAUUUUUGUCAUGAUACCUUUAAACUGUGCACACAGCAAGCCAAAAGCAUUGAAGAGCAUCAUACCUGUAUAUUUUUGAAUAAUGCAUUUAUUGAUCUAAAUAAUAUAUUUGUGUAUGAUAUAUUUUGUCUUUUAUCCCUGUUUCUAUUGUUACUCAUUAGCUUUUGCAAUGCAGCUGAAUCUGACCAUGUGGCAGAUGUGUUUAUGAACUUGAAUA